GUAUCGUCUCGCGAAAAAUGUCUGGUAAAAUGAAGUGGAAACGGAGAAGGUUCGCGAUCUUUCAGGAAAGUUCGAACGUUAGAAAGACUUAGCGACCGGGGUCAGACCAAAGACUACGACAACAGUGUAAAUAGUGAUUGGUUCCUUCUAUAGUUUAUCCCGGGGCUAGAAGCGGGUAGCAGCCGCAAAAAGAGGAUAAUUUCGUUCCAGAGUUCACCGUAAGAGAUAAGUAAGGCAAAAUGGUUGUCGGCGAGGCGAGCAUACACAACAUUAUGGGAGGCAUGGAGAGCACGGGAGGGGUGCGUCUUCACAAUCACAAAAGGAAGUUGAAGCAGAGGUUCGACAUCAUCAAGAAGCUCGGUCAAGGUACUUACGGUAAAGUUCAGCUCGGCAUAAACAAAGAGACCGGCCAAGAAGUGGCGAUCAAGACCAUCAAGAAAUGCAAAAUCGAAACGGAGGCCGAUCUGAUCAGGAUACGAAGGGAGAUUCAGAUAAUGUCGAGCGUCCAGCAUCCGAACAUCAUUCACAUUUACGAAGUGUUCGAGAACAGAGAGAAAAUGGUGCUGGUGAUGGAGUACGCGGCGGGCGGCGAGCUCUACGACUACCUCAGCGAGCGCAAGGUGUUGUCGGAGCACGAAGCUCGCCGGAUAUUCCGACAGAUCGCCACCGCGGUCUUCUAUUGUCACAAGCACAAGAUCUGCCACAGAGACUUGAAGCUGGAGAACAUUCUCUUGGAUCAAGCGGGGAACGCGAAGAUCGCGGACUUUGGGCUGUCGAACGUGUUCGACGAGCAGAGGCUGUUGAACACGUUCUGCGGCAGUCCGCUCUACGCCAGCCCCGAGAUCGUCAAAGGCACGCCUUAUCACGGGCCCGAGGUCGACUGCUGGAGCUUGGGCGUUCUUCUCUACACGUUGGUCUACGGUGCCAUGCCCUUCGACGGCUCCAACUUUAAGCUACUAGUCAAACAGAUCUCGCAGUCCAACUACUUCGAGCCGAAGAAACCGUCGCCCGCCUCGCCCCUGAUCAAGGACAUGUUGACGGUGACGCCUGGCAAGCGGGCCGACAUAGAAAAGAUUUGCACCCACUGGUGGGUGAACGAGGGCUACGAGCAGAACUGUCUGGACAUCGCCGAAGAGCUGGCUGCUCAGACGCCGGUGCGGCUCGAUCUGCUGCUGUCGUUGGUGCCGCAGUCGGCCAGCGCCGAGAAGCUGGUGGUGGGCGACGACCGGCAAGCCGCCGGGGACGCCGACGACGUGUCUUCCGAAACCCUGGUGCCCACCAGAUGCCAUUCCGUCGGCAGCUUGAUGGAGCUCGAUCGAAACGAUUCCGACAGGAGAGCGAACAGGAGAAUGCAGAUGCUGCUGGCGGAGGACGAGUCGAGGUCCGCGCAGCAAAUCUCCUCCGGCGAGACCAAGAGGAAGCUGGAGACGACGCCGUCGAUGGAGGAGACGGCCGCCGCCGGCGUCAAGAGGAAGGAGCGUUCCAGGAGAAAAGAGAGAACCGACGAGCGGGAACCAAGAGCCUACAGAUCCGGAUCCAGGCACCAUUCGGCGCCUAUUCCGAACGCGAUCACGGAGGAGGCCAUGGAGGUGGACCCCGUCGCGAUCCUUGCUCCGGCGGGCACCGAUCCGAACGGAGCCGACGCGACGACCGGUUGCCUGGAGUUGAUCAAGGAAUGCAACGAGAGAUCGCCCAGCAAGGAACGCAGCAAAACGCCGGUGCCCGCGCCAGCGCCGCGGAAACAGGAGGAGCCGGUCGACGACGCGAUUAUGGACGAUGCCUCGAAUACCGGCGCGACCGACCGCGAGGAAAAGGUCUCCCGGCAAGACGAAGCGACGCGCAGCCGAUCCGUCGAGGGCGGACAGAAUCUCGCGACGGCGUACGACGAUCGAUCCGAAGCGAUCUCGAAGUCCGAGACCUGCGAGUCGAAGUUGACCGGCAACGACCGAUUCGUGGGUCACGAUACCGUCAGCUUGGAGGCGACGCAACGGGAAUUCAAGAAGCUGAAAGAGAAGGCGCUCUCCCUGGACUCGGAGCUGUCCACGGAGACGCGGGACGUUCCGGCGAGAACGUUCGAGAGGAGACGUUCGAAGAUCUUCGAAACCGCGGAGAAGUUCAAUCAGAUGGCGUCGAACGUCGAGACCGAGAAGCCGAAAAAGAUCUUUAUUCCCGGAGUGAACGUGGGCGGAGCGAAACGCGUGUUCGAGCGGAAAGCCAGUUUGUCGUCGAUCGGCGCGCCGCCUCCGGCCAAGCCUAGCGCCUCCAAAGUGAUCAUCGACGUGCCCACGGACAAGAAGACGAACAAAUCGGUCGUCGAACAGUCGAAGCAACCGCGGGAGACUCGAGGCGAGGAACAGCAGCAGCAGCAGCAGCAGCAGCAGCAGGAACAACGGACGCAUAAGCCGGAAGACGAGGAGGAGAAGAAGAAGGAAGAGGCGAAGAAACGGGCCGUGGAUAUCAUAAGCGGCGCGAUCGGCAAGCCUCCGGUGCAGCGAAGAGUGAACGGAUCUCCGCCGGUUUCACCUCCGGGACACGAGCCGAAAAAACUUCCGCUGAAGAUACCCGUCGGAGCGAACGACUCGAGGACCGCCACGGUGUCCGUUUCCACUCCGGUCGACACCACCUUCUCGUUCGGCGAGUCCUCGAGCGGAAACAAGCAGUCGCCGGUGUCCACGGACGUUCGAGAGAUGGACGAGGCGCGAGGGGAGGAGCCCAGGAUGUCCAGCAAGGUGGAGAUAACUCUGAAAAGCGCGACCCUGCCGAGGCCGCGCAAAACCAGCAAAGCCGAGAUCUCGUUGUCGGGAGCAAAGUCUUCGGAACCGGUGGCGUUCAGGUCCGAGGUGGAGGCGAAGAUCGACGCGUUCCAGCCGCAGAAGCUGCGAACCCAGAGGUCCGAGGUGGCGUUCCCUGUCGCAGCCGCGAUUCCGCAAGCGCAUCGGAGCUCGAGCCUCGAGCCGGACAUCAGGCAUACGGCAGCCUCUGCACCGCCCAAGGAGAGAAUAAUACCGAUACAGGUCGAAGGGGACAGCGGGAGAUCGUUGCAACACUCGUCGACGCCACCGACUCCGCCGACGCCGUCGACGCCGCCGAAACCACCGAUGGCUCAGAGAUUGGUCUCGCAGAGAUCGGGAUCGUUGUCCCGACAAUCGACCGCCGACUCGGACACCGACAGCGCUCUGGGUUCGACGGUCGGUCCGGAACCCAUCAGGAAGAGUCCCAGAGAAUACAUAAUCCCCAUCGCGGUCGAGGGCGGCGGUUACGUGACGCCCAGGUCGGGCAGCGUGGAACCCGAGAACAAGACGGGCACGUCGACGAACGCGGGCGCGAACGCCAACGCGUCCAGGUCCAGGUUCGCCAGGCCCCGAAGAAUGAGCUCUCUGUUGUCGGACGCCAGCGAGGACGAGUCACCGUUCUCCUCGUUGCACAGAGACAGCGAGGAUCUCCUGCAGAGGCACAUGCAUCGACUGAGAAGCUCUCGGCCGUCGAGGCAACCUCCGGAACACGCGGACAGUCUGUCUUCCGGCGAGGACGACGACGACGACGGCUUCGAGCUGCUCACGGCGGAAAAUCUGUUCAGCACUCUGCUCUCCAGAGUGCGGAGCUUAACCCAGAGACUGAACGUGGACGAUAACCGAAACGCCGGGUUCCCCAGCUCUCGACUCUUCGGAAGAUUGGGCCCGAACUCCUCGCAAACGUUCUGGGGUCUGAAUAAGCCGUUAUCGAGCUACCAGACGUAUGUCGAAACGAGGACCGUGACUACGCGAUUGACGGAGUCUCAGUUCAGGCAUCCGUUGGGCCGCGACGAGGACGCGUUCUCGAGGAAAGAUCCCGUCGACUCGACGAAUCCCAGCAGCCCCGGCACCACCCACGGAUCCAACAGCACGCCCACGAGGGAAACCGUGUUCGAUAUCGGCAGCAACACCUUGCCCAGAGAUAGAGUAGAGCGCGAAGACGCGGAUACGGCAGCAGAAACGAGAGCCGAAGCGGAACCGGAACCGGAGCUGGCCCGAGUCGGCAAAGACGCGCGAGAAUCGUUGGAACUCGGGUUCACGCCGAGCCUGGCGAAGCGGCUCAGCAGAUCGUUCAUCGAGCAAACGAGGCGACCCUUGCCGUACGAGAAACGGCACCGGCGUUCGGUCGAGGCGACGGAGCCGUCCGCGACGGAGGGCGACGCCGACGUCGACGCCGUCUCCGAUCGGACAGAGUACAAGGAGCAUCGUGCCUCGGCCAACAACAGAACGGUGCGCAGAUCGAACAGCCUGCUGGAGUCGACGAGCACCGGCAGAGACGCGUCCCAUCGAGCGUCGCCGUUGCCGCGACGAAGCGUCAGCCUCUUCGACGACGACUGCUACGGCUACGGCUACGGCUACGAUUACGACUUGGACGCGGACGUCGAUCGCCGGUCGGCGACCGCGCCGUUCUCCAAGUACGCGACGGCCGCCGUCAGGAAAUACGCGGAGAACGCCGCGGCGACCGCCGCCGGUGCCGGCAAGCUGCGCAGGGAGAACUUCCACGCGUACAGGACCGACAAGAUCCAAGAGGAGCCGGCGACCGACGACGCGUCGGGCCCGCCGCCGAGACUCGAGUUCGACCACCUGGACAGCUACGCGACCGACAACGGCUCCGUCUCGGAGAUGCCGGACGCGACGUCCAGCGUGUCGACCAAGUCGUACGACACCUCGCCGACCACCGAGUCCUCCUCGAACGCGCUCGACUACAACCGGUUCUCCUACGCCGGCAAGUCGGAUCGGUCGUCGAGGAGCUUCGAGAACAGGCUGCUCGCCGCCGAGAAUCUGAUCAAGGAGUCGAAGCUGAGGAACCUCGGAUCGAACCGGUUCGACCCGAAUCUGAGCUCCAGCUACAAGGAGAACGACAAAUGCGAGAAGCAGUCGCUGGUCCCGAUCGGCGAGCGCGCCGACCAGUGCUCCUCCUCGAGCUUGGCGAAGCGGCGGAGUUGCAUCCCGAGCUUGCGGCUGCGGUCCGGCUCGCUGACCAGGGAGCCGACCGGCCGACCGGAUCGUCGCAAGUCGUUCGCGGACGCGCGGGAUCUCGGCGGCGUCGCGGCGCGGGCCCUCGGCCCGGAGAAGUCCCUCCUCGGCAAGCUGUUCGGGCCGUCGAGCAACCGGGACGCCGAGUCCAAGCAGCGGGAGAGGAACAAGGACGCCGACAGGGAGAAGGAGAAGCCGCAGAAGUCGAAGCAGCACAGGAUAUCGCGGUUCCUGCGGCCCGACUUUUUCGACACUCCGCGGGAGGAGAGCAAGUACGCGAAGGAGAAGGAGGAGCGGAAGGCGGCCGAGAACGAGAGGCGCAAGUCUCGCUUCAUGAGGCGGAAGAGCGAGAGCAGGCCGCGCGAGGCGAGCAGCGUCGAGCGAGAGAAGCGGGACAAGGAGCUGAAGAACGAGAUCAACGCGCUCAGGAAGGACAGCCGGCCGAACGAGAAUUCCUCCGAGGAGAAACGGGAGGAGGACGCGUCGCCGGUAACGCCGACGCCGACGCCGACGCCGGCGCCGACGCCGAUCGUCGAAUCCGUCGAGGGGAAGAAGACCGAGAAGCACGGGUCGCGAAACAGCUUCCUGCACUCGCUCGAGAAGAAGCUGGAACGGCUCCGGUCGAGCGAGGAGCCGAGCGGAGCCGCGGCUUCGGCGCAAAACGGCGGACUCGCGAGCGAGUCGCGAGAACGCUCCGCGCCGCCCGGCGAGGCGAGGCCGGCCCGCGAAGCCGGAUCGCUCGGGAAGGCCGGCAGCGUCGAAGAUCUGAUCGCGUCGAGCAAGCCCGUCGGUCGAACGUCCUCAAGGAGCAAGGUCUCGUCGGUGUUGGGCCUGUUCAGGAGCACGGACGCGAAGCAGGCGGCGAACGCGAUCGGCAGCCGCACGCAGAACGCGAUCCUCGGCCGGCUCAAGCGAAGCCCGCCAAAGUCCUCGAAGAGCGACGCCGCGGUCGUCGGCGAGGACGCGGCUUGCUGCGCGAACGGCGCUGGAAACGGCAACGGCAACGGCAGCAGGAUACCGACGAAGCUCGCUGGCAAGGUCGAGCCGAAGGCGACCAAGAAGCUCGUCGCCGAGGGAAAAAUAAAGCCGGCCGCGGGGCCCGAGUCGCCGAAGCGGUCUCCGCCGAAGGAGAAGCCGUCGAUCGCCAAGGAGAGAAGAGCCUCCAGCGAGAAGGAGCCCAAGACGCCGGCGAGAUCGAGCGAAAGAGAGAGAGACUCGGCGGACGCUCCUCGCGAGAAAUCGAACGGAGAGACGAAGCGAGACGAGUCCGCCGAGAAGAAGGGAGAGGCUGCGAACGGCGGCCUGCUCGUCGAGAAGAAGGUACUGAAGACCAGGAAGAACAGGACGCUCGCGGAGACCGGAUCGUCGACGGGAUCGUCGACCGGCGAAUCGACGAAGCGCGACGACGCCGACAAGAGGUCGCUGACGCCGACCGUCAAAAAGACGACCAAGGCCGGCGAAACCGGCGAAGGAAACGAGGUCGACGGGACCAAGAGGAAAAAGGUGACGCGAACGGUGAAGAAGCUGGCGAAGAAGACGCCCUCGGACGGCUCCGAGGAGAAGCCGGACGACGCGGGGAAACUCGGGAAGCCGAGAACGAAGAAGAAACCGACGAUCGGAGCAGCCGCCGCCGAUGCCGGUCAGAGUUCGGAACCGGUAAAGUCGAACCUCUGCAAGGACCUCGGCAAAUCUAAAGAGAACGGCGUCGAGUCGCAAACCAACGGAAGGGUCUCGACGCGGUCCAGCGUCGGCGACGGCAAGACCGUCUUCGGGAAACCGGGCUGCGUUCCGGAGGCCAAGCCGCAGGACUCGCAGCGCGCUAGCCGAACCAACCUGAAGCUCGAUCUGUCGAAGAUACCUCAGCACUCGUUCAGGAACACCACGCCCAAGAGGGACUCGCCCAAGUCCGAGUCGCCGAAGACGUCCGGCGGCGACUUUGCCGAUUCCCGCGACUCCCCGAAGACGACGCACCCUAUUCAGCCCGAGGAGCUCCUGCCCGACAAGCUGAUCGAGUGUCUCUCGAAGGUGACGCAUCGCGCCAGCAUCACCGGCAACAAGAUCGUGAUCGACAAGCCGCUGCGCGCCAAGGACGUCGCCGAGCUGAAGAGAGAGGUGACCGAGUGCGCCAAGAUGAUCGAGAGCCGCGUCGGGGCCGCGAGAGAGGCCGCCGCGGAUCACGAGCAGCCUCCUCCCAAAGUCCUCGAGGACCUCGAGAAGCGCGAGGACAGGAGAGACGGGGACAAGGAGGCGUCGGCGGCACCCGUCGCUCCGGUCGUCACGGUCGCCACGGUCGCCACGGUCGCGACGCCGGCCAGCAGACAGCCGUGGAAGGAAUCGCCGACGGAUCUCGAGCCGUUCUCGCCCGUCGACGAGCCCGACAGCUUCGACUCGUGGUCCGUCAGCUCGACGGAGCUGAACCACGCCAGGACGGAUCUUCGCUCGCCCACGUCGCCGUCGCGUUCUCUGUACGCGAGGGCGGACAGCUCGACGACGGAGUCGGUGAUCGACCGGAUUCGCAGGCGGAGCUUCUACUCCCGGUUCAACGACAGACGAAGGCCGUCGCUGACGGCGCCGCCGCCUGGUCUCGGGCUGUCGACGAGCGCGGCGUCGCUGCCGCGAAAGUACAGCUUCGGCGGGCACCGGGACCGAGACAGGGAGCAUCGAGACCGCGGCAAGUACGGCACCGGCGGCUACGGUCUCGCCGCUACGAUCGGCAGGACCGGGCAACAGGACUCUCGACGAACGAGGAGCUUCGACUUGUACGCCGACGACGCGGUCGCGGCCGCGAUGGCCGCGCGGAACCGGUCCCUCGAGAGGCCCAGAUACUCGGACGCGACCUCGUCCCCGUACAUCCUCGACGCCAGGUCGUCGAUCGAGCACCUGCCUCCUCUCUCCUCCUCGUACGACCCGCUCCGCAGGUACAUCCGAUCGCCGACCUUCGACCUGUCCAGCUCCCGGACGAGAUACCACAGCGCGGACUUCUCGAUCGACUCGGACCUCGCGAGCUACCGCAGCCCGUACGCCGGCCUGCUGACGGAGCCAACGAUCGACAGCUUCGGCUCGACGUCCACCUUGCCGAGAAAGUACGGCAGCUCCGCGAAGGGCCCGAAGACCGUCGAGUAUUACGAGGAGCUGUUGGCUUCCGGUUCCGCCGACUUCUUGCAGAUCAGAAAGUCCCCGAUCACCGGCGACUACUCCGGAAGAUGCGAGAACGGCUACUACAACGGCGCCAAGGACUCGCGCGCGACCGCCUCGAAGCGGAAUCCGUACGCGGAGAACGCGAGCGACGCGGAGCCCGGCGAGCAGCGCGAUCGGGAAGAGGAACGAUUCGUCGAGCGGACAAGGAGCAGAAGCGGGAGCACGAGCGCCAGCGUCAGCGCGAGCAUCAGUGUCAGCGCCAGCGCCAGCACCAGCGACCGACAAAACGAGGGCCACCGUCGCUCGCCCAUCUUCGACGAUUCGUCGAUGGCGCGCGCGCCCGCUGGAAGCGACCGCGAUUAUUGAGUCCGUCGAAAGGCUCGGCGUGUCUCCCGAUCCGGACGACGAACAGCUCGAUCCGGCUUAUCCUCCGUUCGAGAACCGAAGCCGAUAAGCGCAGCCGAUCGAUAUCUAGUCGAGAAACCGGUGUUUCUGCCAACGAUUUGGCAAAGGCCCGCCCCCGCCGUUCAGGCCCGCGUCGAUCGCGGCGCGUAUCUUCCGAAACUCUAGUCUUCGAGUUUGUGUCGCGACCGCGCGCGCGUUCAAGCGAAUUCGCGUGCAACAGUUGUUUCGUUCCUCUUCUCUUUCGUUUCUUUUCUAAUCGCCGUUAUCGUUGUCGCUAUUACCACUGUCGGUGUGUCGCCGUUACCGUUGCACGAAAGAAGACGCGCGCGCGACGUAAAACGUGAAACGUCCCCCGAUCGGGAGAGUCGUCGACCUUGCUAAUCGCGCGAACGUUCGUUCGCGUCGCGAGAUCGGCUGCAGUAUUCGUAGAAACGCGAGCGAAGCGUAUUGGCAGCUCGUCGCAUCUCGUUGCGAUUUUUGCGCGGUUUCGCCGAUUUCGCCGCAGCGGCGGCUAGUUUUCCCAAUGGCUCGGUCCGCGCGAACUGUUUGCUCGCGAUCCAGCGAGUUCCGAUCAAGCGAAACUCGUUCUCGCGCGAUCCGGCUACGAAUUGGGACCGCGUUCGCGAGAGGAGGAGCUCUCGCCCCGACGCGGCCCGAGAACCCUCCGCGACCGAUCGGCUACGGUCUUCCGCUUGUUGUGUAUGCGUUUUCUAUUCAUAUACGUAUCUUUGAAUAAAUAUCAUCGAUAUUCGAA